CCAAGGGUGCGCGUCGAGUCCUAUAUUCCAGCUUCCGGGAGCGGGAUCACCCGCGCGGUUGCCAGGGCAGAGUCUGUAUGCCAAGCCUUCGGAGCGGCGUUACCUGUCCCCGCGCCCUCAUUGCGACCUGGAGCUCUGCGUGAACAUAAUAAUCAACCUCAUUUUGAAACUCCUGCUGCCCUCUCUCCACUCGACUCUAAUACCUCUUUUCUCUGCACCCCAAGUCUCUCCCAUCUCCUCUCCACGACUAUCAUUAUGGCUGUCCCGGACAGUAGCAAACGGAUAGCGGAGGCGCAAAAGCUCGCAACGACCGAGCCCUCCAAGGCCGAGAAGCUCUACAAAGAGGUCCUGUCGACAAACCCGGGCUCCAACGAAGCCGCCAUCAAGAACUAUGAAACUGCCCUCGUCGGCUUGGGCGAGCUUUUCCGCGAUCAGAGGCGAGUCGAUGCCCUCGCCGAGCUGGUCAGGCAAACCCGCUCUGUAUUGUCCUCAUUCGCCAAGGCAAAGACGGCAAAGCUAGUGCGGCAGCUUCUCGAGCUUUUCACCACGAUCCCCAACACCACCGAUAUCCAAAUCUCUGUCACAAAAUCGUGCAUCGAGUGGGCAAUCUCGGAGCGCCGAGGGUUCUUACGGCAGAACCUCGAGACUCGGCUCGUCUCUUUGUACAUGCAGAAGCAGUCCUACUACGAAGCUCUCACUCUUAUCAACAGCCUGCUCAAGGAGCUCAAGCGGUUAGAUGACAAGCUCGUGCUCGUCGAGGUGCAGCUUCUCGAGUCGAGGGUCUACCACGCGCUUGGGAACAUACCCAAGGGACGGGCUGCCCUCACCUCUGCCCGGACCUCGGCCGCUUCAGUAUAUACGCCGCCACUUCUUCAGGCCGGGCUGGAUAUGCAGAGCGGGAUGCUUCAUGCCGAGGAUAGCGACUUCAACACGGCCUUCUCGUAUUUCAUCGAGGCCAUGGAUGGUUACCAUUCUCAGGAUGAGGCGCAGAAGGCGACGUCAGCACUGCAGUACAUGCUUCUCUGCAAGAUCAUGCUGAAUCUUGGCGACGACGUGACGUCGCUUAUGACCUCGAAACAGGCUAUCAAGUAUGCAGGCAAGAGCUUGGACGCAAUGAAGGCUGUAGCUAGAGCACACACGAACCGUAGCUUGGAGGAAUAUGAGACGGCGCUAACCGACUAUCGACAGGAGCUGGGUAGCGAUCGCUUCAUCACUAGCCAUCUCCGACGCUUGUACGACAACAUGCUUGAGCAGAACCUUAUCAAAGUGAUCGAGCCAUUCAGCAGAGUCGAGAUCGACCAUGUCGCUAAGAUGGUUGGGCUCGACACGGUGCAGGUGGAGCGCAAGCUCUCGCAGAUGAUCCUUGACAAGGUCAUCAUUGGAGUCCUUGAUCAAGGGGCUGGCUGUUUGAUUGUCUAUGACGAAUCAGAGCGAGAUCAGGGCUACGACGCAGCGCUGGAAACAAUUGAGAAGUUGAGCAACGUCGUGGACGUUCUCUACACGAACCAGGCGUCUCUGCUGGAAUAAGGAAAUGAGGAAAUGGUCAGGAGUGUGUGAUGGAAGCGAUGGAGGAAGAUGGCGUCAGGAGGGUGUCUCCUCAUCCUGCUUCGGGAACUAUCUGGAAGCUAUGUAAUAUAGCAUAGACGGCACGGCGUACUGCAGAAGCAUGGCGACGGCCGAUGAAAGCUCAUCAACCAGUCUCCCUGAUUUCAAUACGGUCUCAAUCUGCUCGCCAUAUUGCCCUGCUUGCACCCUG